AUGGGUGGCGGCGGUCCUGCGUUGCCCGCUCCGACAGUGGUCGGCGGCUACCUUUCUGGUCGCAAGUUGAUCUACCCAUUGGCUCUCGUCAUCAGCCUUUUCUUCCUCUGGGGUUUCAGUUAUGGCUUGCUUGACGUGCUCAACAAGCACUUCCAGGACGCCCUCGGCGUCACCAGGCUCGAGUCGACCGGUCUUCAAGUCAUGUACUUCGGCGGUGGUUACCUGCUCUUCUCUCCUAUCGCCGCAGAAGUUUUGCAACGCAGGGGUUACAAGGUUACGAUUCUGAUGGGUCUCGCUCUUUACUCUCUCGGCGCGAUCAUGUUCUGGCCUACUGCCCACUUUGCCAACCCGAGCAACGAAAAGGCUGCUUUCGGCGGCUUCCUGGUCUGCACAUUGGUCAUCGCCUGUGGUCUCGCGACGCUUGAAACUGCUGCCAACUCAUAUGCCGUCGUCAUUGGCGCACCAGAGUCCGCCUCGGCACGACUUCAGUUCUGUCAGAGCUGGAACGGUGUUGCAUCCUUCGUCGGCCCUCUUAUCGCAUCCAAGGCCUUCUUCUCGGACGAAAAUGCAGGCAGCCUGACCAACGUUCAAUACGUGUACCUGGCGGUGUCCUGCGCCGGCAUCGCCGUCGCCGUGCUCUUCUUCUUCGCAAAGCUUCCCGAGGUUAGCACAUCGGCCGUGCGCUCCGCUUCCAUCGUCGCCGAGAACCACGAAGAGCUGGGUGUGGAUCAAUACGGCUUCGUCAUCAACGACAAGCCCCUGCGCAAGGAGUACAACAUGUGGGGUGGUCUCGUCGCACAAUUCUGCUACGUCGGUUCCCAGGUCAGCUGCGGCGCCCUGUUCAUCAACUAUGCCACGGAGAACGCAAGCUAUAGCAAGACCGAGGCCUCUCAGAUGCUGUCAUAUGCCCUCAUCACCUUCACCGUCGGCCGCUUCAUCGCGACUGGCCUGGCUACAAUCUUCGAGUCGAAUUUCCUACUCGUCAUCUACGCCACCUGUGCCAUUGCCCUCACCGCAUACGUGUCCGCCGGUACUGGUACUCCCGCGGUCGCCGUCCUGAUUGUCGUCUUCUUCUUCAUGGCUCCCAUGUACCCAACCAUCUUCACCCUUGGAACUGCCAACCUCGGCAAGAACACCCGUCGCGGUGCCGGUAUCUUGGUCAUGGGUGUUUCCGGCGGAGCUGUCUUUCCCCCGAUUCAGGCCGCCAUCGCCGAUGCUGCCAACACCCGAAUCUCCUUCGUUGUGCCGAUGGUUGGCUUCAUCUUCGUGCUUGUCUACGUCGUCAUCCACUGGUACCGCCACGGCAUGUUCAUCUUCCGCAAGAAGGCUCCUCAAGUCAUCGCAGCCGAGAUCAGUGGUGGCGCAAUCGGUGGUGUGGUUGAGACUCGUCACUAUGAUGAGAAGCGUCUGUCCAUCACCAACGAGAUGGUUCCCCAUGCUCGUGUCAACUCUAUCACUGGAGGCGCGACUGUGCUUCCCAAGUAA